GAUAUUCAGGAAACAGUACUUGAUGCAAACCCUGUGCCGAAUAUUCAAUGCCUUCAAAUCCCAAAGAUUGAUGAUUAUCUUAGGGAAAUAUUUGAAACUAUGGGCAAAUCUUACGGCAAAGAGUCGGAUAAUAGCCUUGUGAAAGUGCAAUCUCGGGUUUCUAAUGUUAUGGGACCCCUCGGCAAGCUGUGGCUUGCACUGGAGGAGGUCAGAACUCGUAAAUCCGAUACACAACUUGACCUGUAUGCAUGCUUAAAACUGGUUGAGCAGUCUAUUACAUUGCUUGGACAAGCCCAUGUAAAUUUGUUAUAUACACGACGAUUGGGAGUUCUUUCCCGCCUAACAGGGGAAAUGAAAAGGCUAAAAGCUUGCUUAAGAAGCAUCAGACGUCAUUAGCAAAGCCUCAUAAAACCUUGUUUGGCAAAAAGUUCUACAAGGAUCUCCACAAGGCCACACAAUUUAGAAAGUCUUCAAAAGAGAUUUCUCACCAUAUUACUGGCCCCCCUCACCAGAAAAUUCAAAAGAAUGGUGCCAAUAGAAAUGUUGUCAUGAAAUACCAACCCUUUCGCCAAGGGCCCUCAUUUCAGAGCAUUUCAGAGGUUGGGGCCGACCUACUCAGUUCCGGGGUAGAGGAAGUGGCUACAGAGGCAGUGGUUACAGAGGAGACAAAGGAUAUCCUUUUAAAGGCAAGUCCUUGCUCAUUACAUUCGAGGUCAAGCGGAAAUCACCCGAAUCACACCUGUCACCUCUCAGACCAGGUUCUGGGCAUUCCACAACAGACAGUUCAGCUGAACACCCAUCCUGCCUUGAAAAAUCUAGGGCUAGAUACAUCAAUUUCACACUUGCCUCUCCCCCUGGCAGGGAGACCCGGUAUUUCCAGAAAAAUUGGGAAUGUCUAACUGGGGAUCAGUUUAUUCUGCAGAUAGUCUCGGGGGUCAAAAUACCAUUUCUUGAAACCCCUGUUCAAAACAGACAUCCAGUUGUGGGGACACUCAUACCCAGUUAGAAAAGGAAAAAAAUCACGCAGGAAGUUGUGGCAAUGCUGCAGAAGGGAGCGAUUCAGGUGGUCUCUCCACGCAAAGAGGACUUUCUCAGUCCAGUAUUUUUAGUACCGAAGAAGGAUGGGGGAAGCAGGCCUGUGAUCAAUUUGAAAGAGUUGAAUUCACACAUCGUAUACAAGCACUUCAAAAUGGAGGGUCUGCACCUCCUCAAACAACUUGUUCAGAACAAGGAUUACAUGAUCAAAAUCGAUCUCAAGGAUGCUUAUUUUUCAGUACCCAUGAGCAAACAGCAUCGACGUUUCCUAAUGUUCACCUGGGGGAAGAACUGUAUCAAUUCACUUGCCUUCCCUUUGGAUUAGCACCAGCGACUCACAAAACUGUUGAAGCCAGUAGUGUCGCUUUUGCGUCGCCUGGGUUUGAGAAUAAUAAUUUAUCUAGACGACAUAAUUGUUUUGAACCAAACUCAGGAAGGCAUAUUAAGGGAUAGGGACUCAGUCCUGUGGCUUCUGCAGAACUUGGGUUUUGUGAUCAACUGGGAAAAGUCAGUGCUACAACACUCCCAUACCAUGGAGUAUCUAGGAUUUGUGAUAAAUUCUCUAGAGAUGAAGCUGUCAUUACCAGAAACCAAAAUGAAUCAUCUUGUGCAAUCUUGCCGAGAUCUGAUUCAACAACAGGUGUCCUCGGUCAGAACAAUAACAAAGGUGAUAGGAAAGCUGACAUCCUCCAUGCAGGCAGUUUUCCCAGCACCCUUGCACUAUCGACACCUGCAACGGUUACAAAUCAAAGGUCUGUUGACGGGAAAAUCCUACGAGAGGAUGGUCUCAUUCGAUCAGAACUGUCGCAACGACCUUCAAUGGUGGAUCGAUCAGAUCUCCAUCUGAAAUGGUCGAGUAAUAAUUGCUCCUGCCCCAGAUCUGGUGAUAACAACAGAUGCAUCAAUGAGGGGCUGGGGCGCAGUUUGUCAAGGGGUUCAUACAAGGGGAUUGUGGACUCCUCAAGAGGCCACCUCCCUUCAUAUCAAUGCCCUAGAACUAAAGGCAGCCUUUUUUGCAGUGAGGGCCUUCACUGCAAAGAAAACCCAGUUACAUGUUCAUUUAAGAAUGGACAACAAAACAGCUAUUACCUAUAUACUCAAAAUGGGGGGUACACGGUCUCCAAUCCUACUGCGCAUUGCCCAAGAAUUGUGGGAUUAUGCCCUACAAAAUCAAAUUUCCCUAACAGCAGAGUAUUUACCGGGGGAAUCCAAUCACGAAGCCGAUUGGGAAUCUCGACAUUAUCAGGAUUCGAGCGACUGGAAAUUGAAUCCCCAUGUGUUUCAAACACUGAACACCCAGUGGGGACCCUUAGAAAUAGAUCUGUUUGCCAACCGACUCAACACCCAACUGAAGAGUUUUGUGAGCUGGUUCCCAGACCCAUUUUCCACAGCAACAGAUGCUUUUCAGAUCCCUUGGUCGGAUCUGAAGGGGUAUUGCUUUCCACCCUUCUCUCUGAUUUGCCGUUGCUUGGCAAAUGUCAGGAAGGACAUGGCAACCAUUGUUAUGGUCACACCAGCUUGGCCAACACAGGCAUGGUACCCAGUUCUACUGGAAAUGUCCUGCAGACAACCCAUUUUACUGCCUCCUCUCAAGGACUUGCUAACAUCACCCAGACAGCAAGUACAUCCUCUUGCGCAACAAGGCAGUCUGCAGUUAGCUGCCCGGAUGGUUUUUGGAAAACCAUACUUGCAGAAGGAGUUUCAGAACAAACUGUCCAGCUACUUAGCACCCACUCCUGGCGCAAAUGCACUACAGCCGCUUACAAUAGUGCCUGGUCACAGUGGUGUAGCUGGUGUACUGAAAGACAAAUUGAUCCGUUUUGCUCCACUGUGGCCGCUGUAGCUGACUAUUUAACUACCAUGUUUGAAAAAGGUAGAUGCUAUCGCACAAUUAAUAAUCAUAGGUCAGCAAUUUCUGCCUAUCAUAAGACUGUUGAUGGACGGAAAGUCGGGCAACACGAGUUGGUUUGUCAGGUGUUGAAUGCAUGUUUUAAUGCCAGACCACCACAACCAAAGUACGCUAGGAUGUGGGAUGUUGAUGUAGUGCUUACUUAUAUAUGCUCUUUGGGGUGUAACAGUAACUUGUCAGACAAACAACUGACAUUUAAAGUAAGCAUGUUAUUGGCCCUUGCAUCAGCAGGUCGUUCAUCUGAGCUUCGAGCUCUUGAUCUGAGAUUCAUGACAAUGACUGACAGCAGCAUUAUUUUUGAGCUUGGUCGACUAACAAAGUCACGGAAAAAAGGGCAAAAACCAAUCAAGCUGAUAUUUAAUUCCUUCCAGUCGGACCCUUUGUUAUGUGUAGUGUCAGCCAUUACCUCCUAUGUGGAUCGUACAAAAAGGUGGCGUUCUGUAUUAGCUCAGACCCAGUUAUUGCUAAGCUUUGUUGAGCCCCAUAAGGAGGUGGUGCCCUGUACAAUUGCAGGCUGGUUGGUAGGACUGAUGAGUGAAGCAGGUGUGAACACCUCUGAAUUUAGUGCACACUCUACCAGGGGUGCCUCUACUUCUAAAGCCAAGGCUAAAGGCCCCUCGUGUCAGGAAAUCAUGAAUAAAGCUAAGUGGAAGAAGGAAUCCACUUUCAAAAGGCACUAUUUGAGGGAUGUAACUGCUGAGGCAACAGUUGGGCAGGAUGGUUUCCAGGAAACAGUAUUCCAAACAGGUCGGAAUGCUUUGAACAUACGCUAUUAUAUCUUAUGGAGGUUUGUGAAAUGAAAUUGGAAAUUUCAUCAGUGCGCGAAGCGCACGCAUUGAAAUUAUAAUUUCAUGAGCAAACCGAAAUAAGAUAUAAUAGCGUCCCUCCCUGCCACUCCCAAUUUCCUAUUAUUUAAUAUCAAUCUUAUUUCGGUUUGCUUUGCUACUCUAGGUGCUAAAGGCAACUGAGGAGUGAAGUGACGAUGUCCAGAUUCUUGUGAAAUGUUAUAACUAUGUUAUGAACUAUGUUAAGUACAUGUUAAAGUACAUGUUAAAGUUUACAUUACGUGUUUGAGAUAUUGAUGUUUAUACACGGUGUAUUACAACAGUGUAACAAUAUUAUAAACGGUAUAAUAAAUUAAAGGUUCCUGUUUUAGAUUGUGACUCGUUUGUUUUGAAUUAACCGGAAGCCGGGGAGAAUACGCUAUUAUAUCUUAUUUCGGUUUGCUCAUGAAAUUAUAAUUUCAAUGCGUGCGCUUCGCGCACUGAUGAAAUUUCCAAUUCUUACCCUGGUGUAUGUACUCGAAUAAAUGCGUGUAAAGAUGUCACCUUUCAAAUAUCGCCAUAAACUAAUGAACAAGAAUAGUGGCGUCAGCAGUUGUUUUCAUGUAAAUAUAGAAAGAACUUUUAGCGUACAAGGAACUUUUGGCUUUCACUCUAAACGCCAAAAUUAUCUGCUUUUAUUUUGAGACUAACAGUAUAAGAAUAACGGUUUCAUAUAUCUGCAGCAUGCACGACUUAAUUUUUUUUAACAACUUUAUUCCACCACAGUGUAACACUAACAUAAACUAUUCAAUGGCCCAAAAGAGAAGAUGCAAACGAGUCGAUAAGUCCCCAUGCAAGGCACCUCCCUUAACAAUUACUGUAAAAUAGAACACUAUAUACUGUAUACUGUAAAGCACGAAUACUAGUUAUAACGUAGAGCAGAGCUUACUCACGUCUCGUUUACAUACUAUUUAUUAACUAUUAGGUUUUGGAGUUUGAUCUAUCAGACAUCAGAAUUGUGGAGCAAAAAACUCUGGAAGAUACUGGGUCGUUGAAAGAGAGAAAUUGUGGCGUAGCACCAAACUGUAUGAACGAACUUGAUUCAUGUCACUUCGUCUACAAGAAGAACUUUAAACAUUUCAGGGACGAGAGAAUAUUGUCCGCUAUUGUCAAAAUAUGUUGUUACUUGGGUAGUCAUGGGAAUGUUGUACUACUUUUGGAUCAUUUAUUGGAUAUGUUCAGGUCUUCGUCAGCGAACAGAAAGCAAGUUAUUUUCUUGAUCAACGAAAUUGUGCGUGGAUCUGUAAGAAAUUUGGAUGAAGAUGUUUCAAUUCUCGAAGGUGCGUUAAUGAAUGCUACAGAGUUUUUUAUGCAAUUUAUAUCAAAAUUAGAUGGUGUACUACCUCAGGUAUGGAUAAAAUGAGGCCGUACUUCUGUACCUUGCCACCAUGCCUGGAACAUAACCCUAAUUUCAUUUCUGCAUUCCUCGUCCCCUUGACGAGUGAAACCGUCUGUUGGCGUUAGAGUAAAAUAAUAAAGUAGGGCGCAUCAGUGCGCAUUGCCAGUUAAAGAAUUAGUCCGGGCAAGAACAUCUCACAGGACCUGCAUUUUAGGGACUCUACACCUACCCUACAUUUAUAGCAUUGGCGAACACUGCGGGGGGAGGGGGAGGGGGGAUGAGGAGACGCCACUCCCAAGCUUUAGAACUGUAACUAAUAAUAUUUUUUCAGCCAUGAUAGCAACUUGUUGCAAAUUAACAAUAGUUGAGCCAAAAUGGUUUUGACAAAUAAAAUUUGCUACCAACCGAAGGAUGGAAAUAUACUAGAAACCUAAAUUUUGCAUUCCCAAUAUUUAGUUAUGUGUCUGCCUCGAAUACUGGAAAAAUAUCAACAAAAAUAUCAACACUUGUGGAAAUUUUGGAAAACUCGAAAUUUCUCGUUUUUCCAAUUUCCACUCAUGUUGAUAUAACUGUAUAUCAACACGGAAAAUGUUUUAUAUUUGUUAAACAUAGAAUAAUUAAAUGUGUAAAUUCAGCCAUGUGUUAUGGCUGCGAUGUAAUUUUUAAUAUACCUGUUAUCAAUCCCAUAUAUCAAUCAACUUGCGCGAAAAGCACUAUCCACCUCCCGAGCAUAUGCUAAUAUCAAGUAUUGAAUCGUUCGUAGAAUUACCCAAAGAAAGCUUAGACAAUAUGCGUACGUGCGUGACACUGAUAUUGGGCGAGUAUUUAUCCAAAGAUAUCUGGAAUUUAAGAAUUUCAAAUUGUGGAAACGAAGCCUUGAAAACAAGUUUACAAAAGGAAGAUUUGUUCGUGUUACCAACAAGCCGAGCAUUGAUAUCUCGCAAGUCUGUGUCAUUUUCUGAACUGAACAGCAACAUCCAACUGUUAUGUUUGUUGUUGGAAGGGAUUGGAGUCUUCGCAAUUGUACUACGUGAACAUUUUAAAAGGUGCAGUUAAACUUAUAACUUAAUUGUUAAGGGACCGGGGGGGGGGGUUGUUAAGGGAUCAGGGGGGUGCCACCGAAGAGAAAUGUGUUUUUUUGUAAGAAUUUUGCUGAUCCAACCAUUAAAAAGUCAGAAUUUUUCUUUAGCGACCCAACCUCAAAUAUCAAUUAAAAACUGAGAGAUAGUGACUCUGAUUGAUUCAUAUUGCAUGUAUUGACAUGCAUACAUGACGUUGACAUUGGUUUUUAUUCUUCAAUAUUUGAGUGAGUCAUGCUUUGGAGAUGACAAUAAUUUUUUAUUACCCAACCCUUGAGUUUUUUCAUUUACUCAACCUUUUACUAACUCAAAAUUUGGUUUACCCGACCCUUUUCUCUUUGAUGCCACCCCAAGCCAUAAAUAAUGACCGGUCCCUAAGAGUAAAUAGUUUCAUGCCCUGCAAGGAAAGACCAAGUAUAAUAAUGUGCAUGAUAUUUCAAACGCGCGGUAAUCUAUAAUGUAGGAAUUGUUCUAUACACUAAGCUGGCGUGGUUUGUGUCUGUACUUUACCUAAAAGUUCAGUGAAGAUCAGUUGCGGUGCCCAAAUGAAGUUAGGCAUCGCAUUAUGUGUUAGUUUUCUGGUUUGGUUAGUUUGUAACGUGCUGUUUUGCACAUGCUCCAGGGCACCGCACUAUAGCGGUGCAGUGUCUGGUUCUUCGACAUUUCACGCCAACUGCUAAGUUACACUAGCAACCUGCAACGCUGUACUAACUUUUUGGGUCUCCGCUCGAAACGUGGGAGUAUUUUUAGUCUUUCAGGUAGUUCAGUCACAUACUACGACAGGUUAAAGGCCGUUUUCCGUUUCAACCAUAUCUUACGGUAGGAUUUUCUUUUGUGUCGCAGUCAUUAUUUCCACUCUAUAGUGCUCAGGAAACAAAGAAAUACGCUACGCUACCAUACGGUUGAAGUGGAAAACGGCGUUAUGCCGACCGAACACCUCGUUUAUCUGUUCUCCAAGGCAUCUUUUAAGCCAGCAUCGCCACUGAAAUUAUAGGCUAUAAGUAUAAUAUAAAACGGUGUUCUUACAAUUCCAGCUUGUUGUUAGAAGUCUUGUAUCCAUUGAUGGAGAAACUUGGCAGUCGUAAUGCAACCGUUAGUCACGUGGCAUGCUGGAGCCUGGGUACGAUAGCUGUGUGUUGUAAAUACAAGUCAAUUGAAGAACUUAUUGCAAAAAACGUUGACUAUCUUAUUAAUGCAAUUUCACUUAACUUACGUCAUAUAAACCUAAACCCAGACACCCCAGCCGUACUGAAUGCCAUGCUACAGUAUGGUGACAAACAUUUAGUCCCAUUCUUGGAAGAUACUUUGGAUGAAGUGCUCAGUCUUAUUGACUACUCUGAUGAACAUUUUCUACUCUCAUUGGUGAAAGUUUUAAAUUCAUUAACUGUUGCUAUUUGCAAGUGGUUUCCUGUUCAAAAGAAAGAAAAGAAGAGAACUUCUGGAGAGAAAUCAAUGAAAUGUGUUAAG